GAACAUUCCUCCUCCUGAUGGAAAAAAAGAGAAAGUUUCCAAGAUGGCGGCGGAGACCUGCCUGUCCGCUGGAAACAAUAGAAGCAGCACAGAGAGAGUUAGCCCCUUCUAACUCACUAACCCGGGAUUACAAACCCCACACACCCGGACCCGAGCUACACCAAGGCCGGACUCCCCGCGCCGACACCUUGGAGGGAUUUAUUCUGAAGUAUGAAGCUUUAUUUAAAUGUUUCAGGCUAGCUGCUCAGCUAGCUAGCCGAGCGUUAGCCCCGUAUAGCACAGUUAGCAGCUAGCGGCUAACGGCUGUGAGAUCAGCUGUUUGUGGACAGAUGCUGUAAAAGAGAGGACUCGGAUACUUCCACGUGAGUGAAGGCCAUUAGCAAGACAAAGGUCGCCUGCAUGGAGCCAGCACUGAGUCUUUGUAAAGGGGGGGUGUAGAGACGCCCAGAGAGAGAAACAGCCUAAUUCAGCAUUAUAUGGACGCAGCCUGAGCCUGGAGUUUACUGCAAGUCUUUAUUGAUGAUGGCGGAUUUUGUUACACCGCGACACAGCGCGGUGAUGGAGCGGCUCCGCCGGAGGAUCGAGCUCUUCCGGCAGCAUCACAACAGCUGCGAGAGCCGCUACGAGAACGCGACGCUGGAGCGGCUGGAGCUGGAGCGGCAGCAGACCUUCGCCCUGCACCAACGCUGCCUGCAGGCCAAGGCCAAGAGGUCCAACAAGCACCGGCAGCAAGCCCAGACCAGUGCAGACCAGGCCGGGCAGAGAGCACCGGGCAGCGGGGGAGGCAGCAGCGCGGAGCACGGGGAGGGAGGAGGAGGAGGGACCGAGCAGAGCAGGAACAGCACCCUGAUAGCGCUGCAGGAGACGGUGAAGAGGAAGUUAGAGAGCGCCGGUUCUCCUCUGGGCAGAGAUCAGGUGAACGGUUUCAGCGACGGCUUCCCUCCCAACAAGAAGGCCUGUCUGGACAACGGCACCGCCAACGGCUCCCCGCUGGACUCUAAACUGGGAAUCAGUGACGCGCUGAACUCUAAUGGGACCCACGGGUCAGCCGGGGACAACACGGACGGAGGGAGGGACGCGGGUUCAGAUAUCCAUCGGAGGGAAAUGAAGCAGGAACCGGAUGACAUUCUGCCCAUCAUGCCUCCAUCAGGAGGAGGAAACAACUCGCUAUUCCCCGACCUAAACCUGAACGAGCAGGAGUGGACGGAGCUGAUGGAGGAGCUGAACUGUUCUGUGGCCUACGAGGACAUCCAGGACAUCCUCAACGACGGCUUUGAGGACCGCAAAGACCCCCUGGAGCUGGCUCCGACUCCAGGCGGCGCAGGAGCUGUGGGAGGAGGAGCAGGAGGGGCAGCAGGUGGAGGGGGAGGACAGUCGUCCCAGGGUCUGCUCCCUCCAGAUCUGGUCAGUGUAAAAACUGAGUUCUCCCCCGCCUCUGUUGCCUUCGAGCAGGACUCUCGCACUGGCUCCCCUCAUGUGCGGUCCACCUCUUCUGGACCUCCUCCUCUCCCCACCAGCUCCCCUGUCGCCUCCUCCUCAGCCUCUUCCCCCGCUCUGCCCCCCUCUCAGCCGGCUCCUCCACCCAGGCAGCUCCAGCCUCCCCCAAACCACCUCCUACCUCCCGGCCCCCCUGUGCCCAAAGACCUGUCCCCUGCCCAGCAGCUCCAGCAGCUGGCAGCCCAGCAGAGAGCCCAGCACCUCCACGGCCAGAUGCAGCACAAAACGCCUCAACAGGGGACCAAGUUUCACACCCAAGGACCCCAUGCCCAUCCCCAAGCUUGGCCCCAAAUGGCCAACAGUUCUCAGAGCCCACUAGGGAGCGUGUUUGGUAUGGACAAGCCCACAAGCCCCUCCCUGUACCCGCAGGACUUUAACCCCAACAGCCAGAAGCAGAUGCUAAUGCCCGCUCAGCCAAACAAAGGCUCCCCCAAGGCAGGGGCCGGCAGCUACAUGCACCCCACUGGACACCCCGCUGGACACCCCUCCGUACACCCUGCCGGACACCCUGCUGGACACCCCUCCGUACACCCUGCCGGACACCCUGCUGGACACCCCUCUGUACACCCUGCCGGACACCCCUCCGUACACCCUGUAGGACACCCCGCAGGACACCCCGCCGGACACCCCGCAGGACACCCCCCCGGACACCCCGCAGGACACCCUGCAGGACAUCCAACAGGACACCCCGCCGGACACCCUGCAGGUCACCCUGCCGGACACCCCAACAUGAUGGGUCACCCUACUUCAGGGCCGCCUCUUAGCCACCCGCCGGCGCCUGGGGCCCAGGGCCCCGGCAACAUGCCCAACUACAGCAACACCAAACCUCUGUCGCACUUUGAGGCGGGACACGGACCGCCACGGCCCCCAAACACCCAGAGCCAGAACAAGGCGGCUCUGCUGACGCUGCUCAGACAGCAGCAGCAGAUCAAGCAGAAGAACAGCAUGAACUUCCGCCAGCACAUACCGCACUCACAGGUAAGAGACACACACUGAAGAUGAUAACCACAG